GGGGUGCGGGUGCCCAUCGUGCCAUCAUUUAGACUUUAGACUGCCUUUGGCUGUCGUCGGUCUAGGGCUCUGGAUUCUUGGCUUUGGGCCGGUGUUGAUGUGUGCGACCCCAGUGACCUCAUCCAAGACAUCCUCUCGACCUCUCGACCUCUGACCUCUUCUGACCUCUUCUGCCUCUUUUUGCUCGGCUAUCACAAACACUUCCAAUUCUUCCGCUACAAGAGUAAUCCUUGUCCUUCUCUUCCCUUCUCUCAACCCUCGCUGUCGCCUUACCCUUGAGCUUGCUCACCCUCAUUCCUCCAACUUCCAACAUCCAUUGACGUGUUUGUCACUCGUGUCAACAGCUGCACUCUCACUCGCUCCACCACCUUGUAUUUGCCCAAGCUCUGACUUCGGCAAGCAACGCGCAAAAAUGGCCGGCAAAGGAAUCUUCAGUCUCGUCUCCUUGAUUCUCGUCGCAGGCGGCGUGCUGUUCAUGAUCUUUAUCCUCCUCGCUGGCGCCAUCGAUGGUUCUCCAGUCAAUAGAUGGUAUCUACUCGAGGCCGACACAUCAGCGAUCCCAGGUGCCCCACCGUUGUCGAGAUGGACAUAUUGGAACGUCUGCGGUGUCCAAGACGGUGUCACUGCUUGCGGAGAUGAGGACUAUUCCGAUGUUCACCCAGCAUACCCGCUUGAUCCCGCCUCUCACCGGACCUUUGAUACUGAGGUCGGCGUCCCUCAGAAUUUCCUCGAUCAUCACAACUCUUACUUCCUGAUGACCCGCUUCAUGUUCGCCUUCAUGUUGGUCGCCCUCUUCUUUGGCGUCAUGGCUCUUUUCUCCAGCGUCCUCGCUCUCUGCACCCGCAUCGGGAGCUAUCUGAGUGGUUUCUUGGCCUUGGUGGCAUCUUUCUUCCAGGCCAUCAACGCCGCCCUGAUGACUGCUGCCUAUGUCCGCGGUCGCGACGCCUUCCGAGACGACGGCUACGAGGCCCACAUUGGCCAAUAUGCCUUUGGCUUCCAAUGGGCCGCGUUGGUAUGCUAUUUCAUUGCUGCCGUCCUCUUCUGUGUAGGUCCUCGAAAAGACCGCGAUACCACACCCCGCGGGGGAUUCUUCAAGGGCAGUCGAAGCCGGAGCACCCGCAGCCGUGGUAGCUUUGUGCACGACAAAGAGUAUGGGUCAUGACAGACCACUACACCAAGAGCCGGGAGAGAAGGUGAGAUGAAGCGGAAAGGGAGAGACAUUUAAUGCGGAAGAGAUCAGGGGGAAGAGUUAACGAGGUUGUCGGUCGAAAUCAUCUGGGAGGUUCCCCCUCCAGUUGUCACCCAAAACGAUUAUAGUGCAUCAUCCCAACCACACCAACAUCCACACCAACACAGACACAGACACACAGUAACGCCUUGACUUGACAUGUUUGAUUGAUCCAGGAGUUACGUUUGAAAUGAGGGCACCAUCUAUUGAUCUGCCUAUCCAGCCUAUCGGGCCAUGUUAGUACAGGAUAGCGAUGGUUGCGUGGAGUUCUUCUAGCGGUCGGGGUCUUGGAAAGGUACAGACGAACUUCAUCAAACAUGGGAGGUGAUGCCUUUGGGACCUUCUGCCAUGUCCACCACUGCCACGCCGCGCCACGUCAUGGCGCAUACAUGGAAACGAAUUUAUCUAGUGUUUUGACAUUAAUGCUCAUCUUGGUAGACAUGUGCCCAAGGUCAAAGAUGCUUGAAAAAGAAAAAUAUUUCAAAAGAAUCAAUACUUGAACCAAUCUCCCCCGCCGUCUCACUAACGCUAUACUCUAAUCAUGCAUGGCGCCGAGGGAGGGAAAGAUGCUCAACGACGCUCCAAGGAUCACACAAGU